GGAACUUCAAAGGUCUAUGCAAGCAAAUCGACCACUUCCCCGAGGACGCAGACUACGAAGCGGACACGGCCGAGUAUUUCCUCCGGGCGGUGCGGGCCUCGAGCGUCUUCCCGAUCCUGAGCGUGAUCCUGCUCUUCAUGGGCGGCCUGUGCGUGGCGGCCAGCGAGUUCUACAAGACGCGGCACAAUAUCAUCCUGAGUGCCGGCAUCUUCUUCGUCUCUGCAGGGCUGAGCAACAUCAUCGGCAUCAUCGUGUACAUAUCCGCCAACGCCGGGGACCCCUCCAAGAGCGACUCGAAGAAGAACAGCUACUCGUACGGCUGGUCCUUCUACUUCGGGGCCCUGUCCUUCAUCAUCGCCGAGAUGGUCGGGGUGCUGGCCGUGCAUAUGUUUAUCGACCGGCACAAACAGCUGCGGGCCACGGCCCGCGCCACGGACUACCUCCAGGCCUCGGCCAUCACCCGCAUCCCCAGCUACCGCUACCGCUACCAGCGCCGCAGCCGCUCCAGCUCGCGCUCCACCGAGCCCUCGCACUCCAGGGACGCCUCGCCCGUGGGCAUCAAGGGCUUCAGCACCCUGCCGUCCACGGAGAUUUCCAUGUACACGCUCAGCAGGGACCCCCUGAAGGCCGCCACCACGCCCACCGCCACCUACAACUCCGACAGGGACAACAGCUUCCUCCAGGUCCACAACUGUAUCCAGAAAGAGAACAAGGACUCGCUGCACUCCAACGCGGCCAACCGCCGGACCACCCCCGUGUGACGGCCCCGGGAGGGCGUGGCCUGCGGGCUGGGGGGCGGGGGGCGGGGCGACCUUCCCAAAGCAAAAAAAAAAAAAAAAAAUACACACAUACACACACAAAACAAAAACAACAAAAAACACACACUCAAAAAAAAGAGAAAAACACAACACGUAAAUUAAAACAAACAAAAAAAAGAACAAAAUAUAUGAGGAAUGAAGAAGCAAACCAACAGGAAAUGUGGAAAAAUAGAAACGAGGCGAGAAAAACAAACUUAAAAAGCUAGAGGGAUUAAAAAAAUUAAAACUAGAAAAUAAAUCUAAAAGAACAUGCAUGAUUUCCCAUGUACCUUAUUUUAACAUUUAAUAAAAACCAAUUUAAAGGAAACAAUAAGAGGGCCAAGAUAACAUCCUAAGAGCACGGAGGCUGUCCUCCGGGGGUGAGGCUUCGGUCCUCUGCUUUCUUGGGUUUUUGGUUCUUACUAUUUUUUUUUUUUUAAAUACGGGAGAGAUUCCAUUCUGUUCCCUUUAACCCCCAGUCGGCCCCGCCUCCCUGGGAGAGUGGGGGCGGAGCCUCAGGGGCCCUCGGGGCCCGGGAGGAGGGGGGGGCCUGUGGUCACUGCCAGGUCCCUGGAGCCCCCCCACCCUACGCCGGGCCGGGUGCCCCAGGAAGGCUGGGAAAGCUCACGGGGCACCUGCAGGCCUCCAGGCGACCUUGGUCUCUCCUGUCUGUCCCUCAGGUGCCUGCAGGGGGCGCACUUGGGGCCUGCCCAGCCCCACGUUCCCAGUCCUGAACGGUCCUUAACCCACUGUGAUGACUUUCUAGGCCUUGAGGAAAGGGAAGGAGAGGGGGUGGCUGCGGGGGGCCUCCCUCAGGGUGAGCCUCUGGGGGCCACCGUGCCCUGAGCUCCUGUCCCUGGGGCCGCGGGACGCCCGCCCUCCCGGGGCUGCAAAGCAACUCUCUCUCUCCUCACCCCUCACCUCAGGGCUGCCUGCCGACCCUGGGGUGACGGUGGACCCCCGGACUCAUAGGCCCCCCCUCCCCUGGGAAGGGGGCGCACUGACCCUUUGGGGGUCCUGGGACUCACUGACGCCCCCUAGGGGCCCGGCGGGUCCAACAAUGACACUGCAAAAAGGUUUCUUUUUACAAAAGAAAAAAAGGAAAAACAAGUGGUGAUUUUUUUUUAAUAAAAAAACCACAGACUAUAAAUAAAUGUAAAUAUAUAAUAAGUGGAUUUACUUGCAAGAAAAUCAGAUAGUAUUUUUCUUUUAAUUCUUUUCCAGCUUUAAACUGUGAAAUCAAAAAAAAAAUGGGGUGGGGUGGGGGACUUAAAAUUUAGCAGGGAACUUGUAAAGAACAAAACAGAAAACAAAUAUACAACUCCAUUUAAAACAGAAACAACGCAGUGAGAGGUAAGAGCUGGCCUUAGCGCUGCAGAGAGACAGGAGCCAGCCCCAGCCGGCUGCAGGGCAUGUCUGACCCGGAAGAGCUCUUCCCGACCAGGAAGAAGGUGCUGCCGUUGCAGAGGGGAGAGCAGACCUCACACCCCGGUCACACACGCGGCCAUGCACAGCCAGUGCGACGGUGGCCCGCAGGGACACACACCCUCAGCCCCGACCCUUCCAUCACGUUCACAGCCAGGGGCACGGCUCAGAGAAAACUCACAGCCUCCAAAGCCAUGGCGACAACCACGACUCCUUCACCUUGGCCUUUAUGCUCACACCUCUCACCACAUCACCUCCACACACACACACGCACACACCACGCCCACGGGCACAUGCAUUCUGGAAUUUCCUGCUGUGUGGCCUCAGUUUCCCCCCUGUGGGUUAACCCAGAGGAGCACCCGAGGCUCACUCUCGUUCUUGGCGUCUGUGACUUUGCAGAUCGGCCACCUACCCAGAGGUAGACACCAGGGCGUCCAUCACCACACACACACACACACACACACACCCUGUAUGCCUCUCACUGUGCUCCCCAUCUCCUGCCCCCACAUUCGAUGUCAAAGCAAAAAUAUACACACGCGCGCCAACAUACGCUGCCCCCCCCCAAACCAGGAUGGGGAUGACAGGUCCCCAGCCCACUCUCCAUUCUGUGUCUCCUUUCUCCGACGCCAUAGCCCGGCCCUGAGAGCGGAGGGCGCGUCCCAGAGGGAUGGGCCAGCAGGUGCUCCCAGCACCUUUGGGAGUGGGUGCGAAAGAGGGUCCUGGCGCCCACCAGGAGCGGUUGAGGCUCUCCCUGCACCAGAGGGUUUUAGCAGAAGUCAGCCCUGGGAUGAGAGGACCAGACUGAAGUCUGGGGGCAUCCCUUGUAUUCCCCAGAGGGACAAGGGCCAGUCCAGCCGGAGCUAAAAUAUCUUAGGCCGGCCUGCGUGCCACUCGGCGGACGGCAAGGCGCUUGCCGCCUCCAUCAGGGAGCCUCCCUUGGUUGGCCUCUUUCUUGCUGCUGAGGUUCCUGUACGGAGCUCUCUGGGGAGCUCGAUGGAGUGGCUUAUGCUGUCUCAGCCUCUCUUCCUGCAGCUGGAGCCUGGCAAGGCGGCCUGAGGCAGGAGGCAGAGCGACUGCCGGCCCAGCCAGGCGUGCACGCAGGGAGGCUGCGCGGGCCCGGGCACAGCCCUGGGCUCACUCGAGGUGUGCGGCUCACUCUGGGUGCAGGCGGACUUUCCCUCCCACGCCCGAGCCAGACUCCAGAGCUGGACGGAUCGGGGACUAGAGAGGAGGGAGAGGCCACAAGGAAGCGGCCAGCGGGCAGGCAUAGCGCGAAGACAAAAAACUGGCCCCAGGUCUGAGCUCUGCCAGGGCCUCUGGGCUGCCACUUGGGUUUCCUUUCAGGCUGCCAGGAAGCAGGCCAUCUGGGUGGGGUGGGGCGGGGGGCACCAGCAUGGCCGAGAAAGGGCUGGGGCCCUGGAGGGAAAGAGCUGGGACCCGGGCGGCAAGGGCCCUGCUUCCUGAGUGGACGACUGCUCGUGUCCAGCUCAAACCAGUUCAAGAAACAAACCUCCAUUUUAUUUUCUUGGUGGGUCCUUUUUUUUUUUUUCAGACUGUUAACAGAAAAAAUUUUAAAAAGCAGAAAACUAAAAAAAAAAAAAAUCCUGGUACAUGAAAUAAAGAUUUUUUUUAUAGCUCGGUCCUCCUGUCCG